CUACUUGUCUUGUCUGUCUGUCGUACGAAGAUACUUUUGACUUAAGAUUAAAAUAAUUUUAGGAAGCCGUUCUUCAAAUAUAUUAAAAUUUUACUUUGUUGUGUAUUACAGAGUGUAUAGUGUGAAAUUGUUUACUCUACCGUUAUAUUGUAAAAUAGCCAUGAAACCAUUGUUUACAAACACCGGAGCGUAGAGACUAGACGCUUGAAUUCAGUAAUUAGACACACUUCACUUAAAAUUAUUAUUUUUCAGAAGACAAAUCAUGUUUGAAGAUUUUGAUUCACAAAACAAUCAGAAACAAGAAGAGGAUGAAGAUUCGGAGACAUGUUACUCGUACCCUUCUUACUCAAGGUUUACCUACACCGGGAAAACUAAAAGCCGUCUUGGACGAAACAGAUUUUUGAAACAAACAGGAACUAAAGAUGAAAGCAAGAAGACAGAAAACGAUUGUAGCACGUCUUCAGAUUUGAAAUCAAAUGAUACUCGUUCUAGUUUACAAACAAACUCCCAGAUAACAAAAACACCAGGCAUCAGUUGGUUGCAGAGGGAAUCUUAUCCCUUCACUCCUGGUGCCAAGUCCAACAGUGUUCAUGCAAGUUCCUCAGAUAUAAACUCUUUACCAUCACAACCAAACUUUUUGUUUAAUCUAAAAAAUGACUCGGUCGAGAGCUCUAGCUGCAAACGAAACCUGCCAUUUAGUACUACACCUUUCAAAUCAAAAGUGAUAUCCCCAGAAAAACGGAUUGAAAACAGUGCUUUAAGAGAACUUAAUCAGCUUCGCAAACCAGAAAAUCCCUUUUCAAAGUUAGAUUUUUUCAAUCGCCCAAAAGAAGAAAACAAGGAAAAUAGUAAAACUGAUGGUAAUAUGAAAAACAGUGAACUAACCCCUUCGUGGAAUCAACUGAAACAGAUUUGUGAUGCUGCAAUUUCACGUCCUGAUUUUUCAAAACAUACAAACUCAAGUAAUCCAGUAGAUUUGAGGAAAUCCAAUGAACAUUUUAAGUCCAGUUUGUUUGCUCCUCCAUUUAGUGUUGUUGAAAGGAAAGAUGAUGAUUCUUCCUCAAAUAUGCCUUUGGAUCUAAGUUCAGCUGAAAGUAUGUCUAACAAAACUUUCAGUAGAAGUUUAAUAAGUGGAAAUGACAAUGUUGAUGGAGAUUCUUCUGGAUCAUAUGGCCGGCUGUUGUCACUCAAUCUAAAAAACACAUCUAAAGAGUCAGAGUUAAAAAAGGAAGACUCGAUUACUCAAAAAACCAACACGGAUGCUUUAAGUGGUUUCCUUCCUCAAUUUUUAGUACCAACAAACAAAACAAGUAAACCAGGAAGCACUGAAGAUGAUGAUUCUCAUUCGAUGGGCACUGUAAUUCAGAAAAUGUUUGAUUUUCAACCUCAAACACCUUAUCAGAAAACUCAAGUUCCUUCUCAAGCACCCAAUAAAAUGCCUUGCGAAAAUAGUAGUGGUGACUUGAAUCGUGGAAAUGAGGUGCACUCCACAUCCCUGUAUGAAUCAUUGAAUUAUGAUGUUAAAAAGUCAUCACCACCAAGUCUUCCAACAAAUUUUAUAUUCAAAAACACCAGCCCACCAUUACAGUCAAACAAUCCAGUCCAGUCAUCAAAUCAACCUAAAUUUUAUCACACUAUAGAACAAAAGCUGUCACCCCCAACAGUCCCCGGAAGUUUGGUAUCUACAGAAUUGUCUCCUUCAGUUCCAAACGCCCAAAAUGUAAGGAACUUGGUCACCAAUGGUCAACAACUCUUGAAUGAUGACCAGAAUUCUGCCAAUGAUAAGAAAAUUAAUCUACUGGCUCAAGGUGUAGACAUGAAUCUGCGUAUCACUGAAAAACCAAACCAACAGUCAACCAAUGAGGUGGCAGAUAAAAGUGCAUUUCACUUAAAAAAUGCCAACGUGGUUAGCUAUUCUAAAGAAAAAUAUGGUUUUAAUCAAAGUAAAUCAAAUGCUAAACCUUUAGACCAUAUCAGCCCACCCAAUAACUCACAAAAGUUUUCAAGCGAUAAUGUCCAGAAAAAUAGUGAGCCAUUAAGUAAUCUGUACCAAUCAGCAGCAAGACCUGAAAUGAGACUGAUGGCUCCUAUUGCUUUAGAGAGAAACAUGAGUCAAUCAUCUGUUCAACAAACUAAACCGAUGAUUGACCAAGAGCCAGCACCAGCAUCAUACGCAAGACCAGAGAUCGUUCAACCUCAAAGUCAGAGAACGUAUCUCGCCCCACAGCAAGUGAACCACAAUGGCACUGGAAACUUUCCACACAUCAAACCUGAAGUUCCACAACUGGCUGGCUCCAAACCGAGUUUCUCGACAGCUAAAAAACCGAGCCAAUUUAAAAUGUCGGGCCCGAGAGGAAUGCCGUCGAGAGCUGACACAGAACUCUCUGUGAACGGCAAGUCUUACACUAUCUUGAGCAUGCUUGGAAAGGGAGGAUCUAGCGAGGUUUAUCAGGUCCUGGAUCCCUGCAGCUCCAAACUGUUGGCCGUCAAAUGUGUAGACCUCUCCAUGGUAGACAAGACUAUAGCAGACGGCUACCUCAACGAGAUAGAAUUACUCUCCAGGCUACAAGGGUGUGCCAGUGUCAUUCGCAUGUUCGACUAUGAGUACGUGCAGGAGUGUAAGAUGUUGUAUGUUGUCAUGGAGAAAGGGGACACAGACUUGUCACAUCUCAUACGAGACAUCUCCAAGACCAAGAAGAUUUCCAUGUCCAUGAUCAUCUACUACUGGACAGAGAUGCUGCAGGCUGUGAAAGAUAUUCAUGAUCAAGGCAUCAUCCACAGCGACUUGAAGCCAGCAAAUUUUCUGCUGGUGUCUGGCAGGUUGAAGCUGAUAGACUUUGGCAUAGCCUCGUCCCAAGGUGACAUGACCAGUGUGGUGAAGGAAGUGACCACUGGGACCUGGAACUACAUGAGUCCCGAGGCUAUCAAGAACACCAGCGCGUCUGGCAAGGGCUUCAAGAUCACGUACAAGUCGGACGUGUGGUCCCUGGGCUGUAUCUUGUACAACCUUGUGUACGGCAAGACUCCAUUCUCACACAUCACCAACACGUGGGGCAAGUUGUCCGCCAUUGCAGACCCUAACCACUGUAUAGAGUUCCCGGACGUCGGGGCGCCGCUGGUGCUGGUCAAGGCUCUGCAGUCAUGUUUCCACCGAGAGCCAAAACUGCGGCCAACAGUAGCCGAGUUGCUGAGUCUGCCGUACCACUCUACGGGUGAUACGGAUCUGACCAAUGUGGGACGACAAGUGCAGACAAUACUUCCAACACAGUGGUGGACAAAGGUCGCCCAUCUUUUCCCAGGUGUCAAGUCGAUCCAAGAAGGAAAACACCCUGAUAAUGGAUCAUGAACCAUCCAUUUCAAUGAAAUAAAUGGUUUUUACUGUGAGAAGAUCAACAAAAACUUUGUACAUAUGUAGUUUCAAUCUUCGUGUUUUAGGAUUUAAGAUUAGUGAAAACUAACAUUAGCUUCAUACUGAUCUCCGAUCUUUUAUUUAAAUAUUGAAUGUAAUGAAAGUCAAGCUAUAAUUUAGGGUUUUAAAAUAAAACAUAGAAUUAUUUAUAAAAUGUGAUGUAUAUAAAAUCCUAUUCUUUAUCAAGUCUUUCUUCAAUACAUAAUUUAUUGUGUGUGAUUAAAGUGAAUUCAAACAUUUUCAUUCAGUAUCAUUUUAAGAAUAACAUUUGUAUUCUAUACCUAUUGGAAUGGAAGUUUGCUUGCAACUUGCAAUCCCAUGUUGUACAGUUUAAAGGAACCUUGAUUACCAAUUCUUUUAUAAGAAAAGUACCCUAAAAUAUUAAAAGCACUUUUAGUGAGUUUGCUAAUAUACAGGGUGUUAAUAAACGUAAUCAUGCAAAACUACAAAGAGGAGGGUUUUUUUUUUUGUAGUGUACAGCACAAACGUUUAUGAUUAAUAUAGUAUUUAAGUUAAUUUGAUAAUAUCCCCAAGUCUUGCUACUGAGGUUUCAAUCUAUUUGAAAACAAAACCCAAACUUACUAAUUUUGAAAUUAAAUUAAACAGCAGAAGUUCAUAUGGUUUUUAACUAUAAUGUAUAAAACCUAUAACAUUUUAAUCCCAAAAACAGCUUCAAAAACACACUUGUAUUGCUUUUGUUUGUAUACACAAUCUAUUCAUUUAUUGCAUGUUUGUACAUUUUUUUUUUCAAAAGUACUUUAUUUUCUUAUUAAUUAAACUCUACUCAAGGUAUUUCAUAAUUAGGUAGCUUUAUAGAAUAUUAUGGUGGUAGGCUGGUUCUAGCUUCAAUAUGAAGAUCCCUAAAAAUGAAGAAUCCUUCAUAAUCCUAUACAUUGCCUGUACAUAUCACAUGAGAAUCUCUUGAGAUCCUACUGUAUCUCAAGUCUCUGAACACUCCAAACUUAAACGUUUUUUUUUUACAAAAAAGUUCAAUACUGUACAACCUCAAUAGCAGUCUAUUACCUUGAAAGUGUGUGAUUAGAGUUGCUAUUGGGUUUUACCACUUAGUCAUACAUUUUGUAUAGCAUAUCUUUUUAUUCAAACGAAUACAGCUGCCAAAGAAACUGUUCAUCGCCUUUACAAAACCGUCCUCACAGUUAAUAGUUAAUUAUUUUAUUUUCAAAGGUAUCUGUCAAAUGCAUGCUAAGAUGGGAUUUGUAAACUACGAUUGUAUUGACUCAGUAUUAAUUCAGCUGACUUAGUUUAACAGACCUGUUCGUUAAUAGCAUGUGGAGCCGAUAGUAAAGUUAGCUAGUUGAUGUCAGCUACAGUCCUAGCUUAGGAAUUCUAUUGUGUGCAAUAUGAAAUGCCAACUAAUUAGAUUUUCAGAGACAAAAAAGAAUGUUUAAAACACAAUUGUAAAUAUGUUCAUAUGUUUAAAAUAUAUAUUAAACCCCUAAGUUAAGUAUAUUAUAGUUUGUUAAAUAAAAAUUAU